GGUCAAGGUUUGGCUUUUUCAAGAGAGGCUUUAUUACUGCCACUUUUAGUGAGUUUGGUACACAUCCGGUGGAUAAACACAAUGGCAUAAUGGAAAAUGCAUAUCCAAUGGUUAUCUCUGUAUUAGUAUUAUCCACAUUUAAAACAACUAGGUAGAGCAGAGAGGACAGAGCAUGUGGCUUUGUAACACACCUUGGUAGAGCAGUGGUUAUCUCUAUUAGUAUUAUCUCUAUAUUAGUAUUACCAACAUUAAAACACCUAGGGAGAGCAGUGGUUAUCUCUAUAUUAGUAUUACCAACAUUAAAACACCUAGGUAGGGCAGUGGUUAUCUCUAUUAGUAUUAUCUCUAUAUUAGUAUUACCAACAUUAAAACACCUAGGUAGGGCAGUGGUUAUCUCUAUUAGUAUUAUCUAUAUAUUAGUAUUACCAUCAUUAAAACACCUAGGUAGGGCAGUGGUUCUCUUGGUAUUAAUAUUAUCUCUGUAUUAGUAUUACCAACAUUAAAACACCUAGGUAGAGCAGUGGUUAUCUCUAUUAGUAUUAUCUCUAUAUUAGUAUUACCAUCAUUAAAACACCUAGGUAGGGCAGUGGUUAUCUCUAUUAGUAUUAUCUCUAUAUUAGUAUUACCAACAUUAAAACACCUAGGUAGGGCAGUGGUUAUCUCUAUUAGUAUUAUCUCUAUAUUAGUAUUACCAACAUUAAAACACCUAGGUAGGGCAGUGGUUAUCUCUAUUAGUAUUAUCUCUAUAUUAGUAUUACCAACAUUAAAACACCUAGGUAGAGCAGUGGUUCUCUCUGUAUUAGUAUUAUCUCUGUGUUUCCCACAUUAAAACACCUAGGUAGGGCAGUGGUUAUCUCUAUUAGUAUUAUCUCUAUAUUAGUAUUACCAACAUUAAAACACCUAGGUAGGGCAGUGGUUAUCUCUAUUAGUAUUAUCUAUAUAUUAGUAUUACCAACAUUAAAACACCUAGGUAGAGCAGUGGUUCUCUCUGUAUUAGUAUUAUCUCUGUAUUACCCACAUUAAAACACCUAGGUAGAGCAGUGGUUCUCUCUGUAUUAGUAUUAUCUCUGUAUUACCCACAUUAAAACACCUAGGUAGGGCAGUGGUUCUCUUGGUAUUAGUAUUAUCUCUGUAUUACCCACAUUAAAACACCUAGGUAGGGCAGUGGUUAUCUCUAUUAGUAUUAUCUAUAUAUUAGUAUUACCAUCAUUAAAACACCUAGGUAGAGCAGAGAGGACAGAGCAUGUGGCUUUGCAGCACACAGGUGUUUCAUCUCCACACUGGGAUGAUUUUAACAGUGCAACGCCACACAGGCCUCAUGCCUCUCAGGUAGGAGGGUACCAGAAGAAAAAUAAUAAAAAACACAAAACUAAUGAAGGAGCACACAGGGCCACAGCACUUCAGGAGCACACAGUCACCAACAAUAUAUCCCUGGCGUCAAUACUUUCAACUGGCUCAGCUCGCUGUUACAGUACAGCACCACCAAAUUCCAUUUAUUAAGUAACCAUCUGUCUUAUGGGACCAUAAUGUAACAUAUCACACUAUUUUGAGAGUCUCGGAUUUAUAUUAACCUUACAGUAGGUGGCAGCAGACAGGUUAUAUUUGUGUAAAUGUCAGUAUACCAGAGAAGAAGAUGACGCUGUUGCAUUGUCGAGGUGGGGAACAGGAAGUUCCGGGUCGAAACGACAGAACUGUGCUGUUGUGUCCGUUUCAAAUGUAUCAUUGUAGACCGACUCAGAUUAAGUCUGAGGCUGUUAACAUCAACAGUGAGGACAAACCCAGCCUGCCACUCUCCUUCCACACUGAGUAGAAACCUACAGUUACUGGGUCCUGAUUGUGACAGUGGAGCCCAGUUUGCACUGCAGGAUCCAGAGAUGGCAUCAGUGAAGCUGGAAGACUGCAGUCAAACACUGGAGCUGAAUGUAAACAUUAAAGAUGAAGAAGAGGAGGAGAAGAUUAGGACAACUGUUAGUCAUGGAUACCAUGUUGAGACAUUCUCCACAUCCAGAGAGCAACAGCAGGAAGAUCAGAGAGCAAAGAGGUCUCAUCACUGCCCACAUUGUGAAGAGAUUUUCCCAUUUCUAUCAAAGCUAAGAAUACACCUAAAAAUACACACAGGAGAGAAGCCUUACUCCUGCUCUGACUGUGGGAAAUGCUUCAAAACAUCAACGGUGCUAAAAGUUCAUCAGAGAACACACACAGGAGAGAAGCCAUACUCCUGCUCUGACUGUGGGGCAAGUUUCUCUCAGCUGUGCAACUUAAAAACACACCAACAUAUACACACAGGAGCGAAGCCUUAUUCCUGCUCUGACUGUGGAAAAAAAUUUAAAACAUCAAAUGAGCUAAAAGUUCACCAGAGAACACACACAGGAGAGAAGCCUUACUUCUGUUCUGACUGUGGGAAGAGUUUCUCUCACCAUAGCAACUUAAAAACACACCAACGUAUACACACAGGAGCGAAGCCUUAUUCCUGCUCUGACUGUGGAAAAUGUUUUAAAACAUCAAAUGAGCUAAAAGUUCAUCAGAGAACACACACAGGAGAGAAGCCUUUCUUCUGCUCUGACUGUGGAAAAUGCUUCAAAACAUUAGGUCAUUUAAAGGUUCACCAGAGAACACACACAGGAGAGAAGCCUUACGUCUGCUCUGACUGUGGAAAAUGCUUCAAAACAUUAGGUCAUAUAAAGGUUCACCAGAGAACACACACAGGAGAGAAGCCUUUCUUCUGCUCUGACUGUGGAAAAUGCUUCACAAAAUCAUCUCAUCUAAAAGCUCAUCAGAGAACACACACAGGAGAGAAGCCUUACGUCUGCUCUGACUGUGGGGCGAUUUUCUCUCAGCUGGGCACCUUAAAAGCACACCAAAGUAUACACACAGGAGUGAAGCCUUAUUCCUGCUCUGAAUGUGGAAAAUGCUUCACAAUAUCAUCUCAUCUAAAAGUUCAUCAGAGAACACACACAGGAGAGAAGCCUUAUUCCUGCUCUGACUGUGGAAAAUGUUUUAAAACAUUAGAUCAUAUAAAGGUUCACCAGAGAACACACACAGGAGAGAAGCCUUACGUCUGCUCUGACUGUGGAAAAUGCUUCACAAUAUCAUCUCAUCUAAAAGUUCAUCAGAGAAUACACACAGGAGAGAAGCCUUAUUCCUGCUCUGACUGUGGAAAAUGUUUUCGAACAUUAUAUGAGAUAAAAGUUCAUCAGAGAACACACACAGGAGAGAAGCCUUAUUCCUGCUCUGACUGUGGAAAAUGUUUUCGAACAUUAUAUGAGAUAAAAGUUCAUCAGAGAACACACACAGGAGCGAAGCCUUUCUUCUGCCCUGACUGUGGGGCAAGUUUCUCUCAGCUGUGCAACUUAAAAACACACCAACAUAUACACACAGGAGCGAAGCCUUAUUCCUGCUCUGACUGUGGAAAAAAAAUUAAAACAUCAAAUGAGCUAAAAGUUCACCAGAGAACACACACAGGAGAGAAGCCUUACUUCUGUUCUGACUGUGGAAAAUGCUUCAAAACAUUAGGUCAUUUAAAGGUUCACCAGAGAACACACACAGGAGAGAAGCCUUUCUUCUGCCCUGACUGUGGGGCAAGUUUCUCUCACCAUAGCAACUUAAAAACACACCAACGUAUACACACAGGAGCGAAGCCUUAUUCCUGCUCUGACUGUGGAAAAUGUUUUAAAACAUCAAAUGAGCUAAAAGUUCAUCAGAGAACACACACAGGAGAGAAGCCUUACGUCUGCUCUGACUGUGGAAAAUGCUUCAAAACAUUAGGUCAUUUAAAGGUUCACCAGAGAACACACACAGGAGAGAAGCCUUACGUCUGCUCUGACUGUGGGGCGAGUUUCUGUCAGCUGGGCACCUUAAAAGCACACCAAAGUAUACACACAGGAGCGAAGCCUUAUUCCUGCUCUGACUGUGGAAAAUGCUUUGAAACAUCAAAUGAGCUAAAAGUACAUCAGAGAACACACACAGGAGAGAAGCCUUACGUCUGCUCUGAUUGUGGGAAGAGUUUCUCUCACCAGGGCAACUUAAAAACACACCAACGUAUACAUUAACUUCAUGUGGGUACCUGGGACGGUUGCGUCCCACCUGGUCAACAUCCGGUGAAAUUGCAGAGUGACCAAUUCAAAUUUAAUUACUAUAAAUAUUUACAUUUCAUGAAAUCACAAGUGUAAUACAUUAAAAUAAAGCUAAACUUGUUGUUAAUCUAGCCGCCAUGUCAGAUUUCAAAAAGGCUUUAAGGCGAAAGCAAACCAUGCGAUUAUCUGAGGACGGCGCUCAGCACACAAAACAUUACAUACAGUUACCAGCCAAGAAGACUAGUCACGAAAGUCCAAAAUAUGAUGAUCUUCAUAUGGUUGCACUCACAACACUCCCAGUUACACAAUAAAUGUUCAUUUUGUUUGAUAAAGUCCCUCUUUAUAUCUUGAAACCUCCAUUUUGUUGGCACAUUUAGUUCUGUAAUCCAAUAGCUCAAAUGCGGUCACAAGAGGCAGACGAAAAUUCCAAAUAGUAUCCGUAAAGUUUGUAGAAACAUGUAAAACGAUGUUUAUAAUCAAUCCUCAGGUUGUUUUUAGCCUAAAUAAUCGAUAAUAUUUAAACUGGCAACAGCGUCGUCAAUAUAAAAGAAAAACAAGAAAGGUGCUCUCUGCAGGACCCAGCUCUGGGGACAUCCCACUAUCCACUAACUCAAUGUGGUCAUUCUCCCUCAUUUUUCAGAAUACAAGCCUGAAACAAUGUCUAAAGACUGUUCACAUCUAGUGUUAGCCAUAGGGAACGGGAUCUGGGUCUUAUCCCUUUAAAUGGUGGAUAGGCUUUCAUUGGAAAAACAGCCAUUUCAAAAUAAUGGCACUUCCUGGAUGGAUUUUCCUCAUGUUUUUGCCUGCCUUUUCAGUUCUGUUAUACUCACAGACAAUAUUUUUAAGUUUUAGAAACUUUGGAGUGUUGUCUUUCCAAUUCUACUAAUUGUAUGCAUUUCCUAGCUUCUGGUCCUGAAUAGCAGGCAGUUUACUUUGGGAACGCUUUUAAUCCGGAGGUGAAAAUAGUGACCCCUAACCUAGUGAGGUUAAGGAGAAAAGCCUCAUCGGUUCUCUGACCAGCUAAGAAUAAAGUCACUCCAUCACUUAAUUCUCAUCUCAUAAAAGAAGUUGUAAUUGGAUCAAAUGAAGAAAGCAUAGAACACUGUAGAACACUGUAAUCCUAUUGGUUCUCACUGUGAGAGAACUGUGCAGAGGAAAGGGAGCGUUAUAGAAUUUUAGCCUCUCUUUACUUUGCACCUUGUCAGUUUUGGUGUGUUUUGUUGGCUUCUACUGUAAAGAUUUGCACUUGGUGUUGAAUACCCUCUGUUAUUCUUCUAAUUUUGAAAACAAACACUAGUCUGCCAAUUGACUGGGUGGUACUGCUUCCCUCUCAGCCUGGUCUGUCUCUGUCUGUGGGGAGAGUUUCAACUGGGCAGCUUAAAAACACACCAACGUUUACACGUAGGAGAGAAGCCUUACUCCUGCUCUGUGGAAGGGUGGGCGUGUAAACUCAAAUGUCAUGCCAAAGGUUGAGUGUUUGAAUCUCAUCAUGGAGGACUUUAGCAUUUUAGCUAAUUACCAACUUGGCUACUACUUUUUAGCUAUUACUUAGCAUGUUAGCUACCCUUUCUCCUAAACCCAUUUAACUCUAUCUUAAACCCCUCACCCCUAACCUAGCUAACGUCAGCAACAACAAAUUGGAAUUCGUAACAUAUCAUACAUAUUACAAGUUCGUAACAUAUUGUAUGAAUAGCAAUGCGUGAAAUAACAUAUGAAUUGUAAUUCUUAACAUACGAUACGUCCUGCAAGUCGUAUUAUACUGAACAACAAUCUAAACGUAACAAUUUCAAAGAUUUACAGUUUGUAUAAGGAAAUCAGUCAAUUGAAAUAAAUGAGGCCCUAAUCUAUGUUAGGUUACAUUACAUUGGACCUCCAAUAUAAACUAAACAUGUGAAGUGUUGGUUUCAUGAGCUGAAAUAAAAAGAUCCAGCACAAAAA